AGCGAGCCGCCCGCGCAGCUGGCGCCCUCCUCGCCGCGCUCCCCCUGCCGCCAGACUGCACCGCCACCGCGAGACAGAAGCGAGCCGCCCGCGCAGCUGGCCGCCCUCCUCGCCGCGCUCCCCCUGCCGCCAGACUGCACCGCCACCGCGAGACAGAAGGUACUGUCUCUCGCCCUCUCUCUCUCUGUAGCGAGCCGCCCGCGCAGCUGGCGCGCCCUCCUCGCCGCGCUGCCCCUGCCGCCAGACUGCACCGCCACCGCGAGGACAGAAGGUACUGUCUCUCUCCUCUCUCUCUCUCUCUGUAGCGAGCCGCCCGCGCAGCUGGCCGCCCUCCUCGCCGCGCUCCCCUGCCGCCAGACUCGAGCCGCCCGCGCAGCUGGCGCCCUCCUCGCCGCGCUCCCCCUGCCGCCAGACUGCACCGCCACCGCGAGACAGAAGGUACUGUCUCUCUCACUCUCUCUCUCUCUCUGUGGCGAGCCGCCCGCGCAGCUGGCCGCCCUCCUCGCCGCGCUCCCCCUGCCGCCAGACUGCACCGCCACCGCGAGACGAAGCGAGCCGCCCGCGCAGCUGGCCGCCCUCCUCGCCGCGCUCCCCCUGCCGCCCGACUGCACCGCCACCGCGAGACAGAAGGUACUGUCUCUCUCACUCUCUCUCUCUGCUGUGGCGAGCCGCCCGCGCAGCUGGCCGCCCUCCUCGCCGCGCGCGCUCCCCCUGCCGCCCGACUGCACCGCCACCGCGAGACAGAAGCGAGCCGCCCGCGCGGCUGGCCGCCCUCCUCGCCGCGCUCCCCCUGCCGCCCGACUGCACCGCCACCGCGAGACAGAAGAGUACUGUCUCUCUCACUCUCUCUCUCUCUGUAGCGAGCCGCCCGCGCAGCUGGCCGCCCUCCUCGCCGCGCUCCCCCUGCCGCCCGACUGCACCGCCACCGCGAGACAGAAGCGAGCCGCCCGCGCAGCUGGCCGCCCUCCUCGCCGCGCUCCCCUGCCGCCCGACUGCACCGCCACCGCGAGACAGAAGGUACUGUUUCUCUCCUCUCUCUCUCUGUGUCGCGAGCCGCCCGCGCAGCUGGCCGCCCUCCUCGCCGCGCUGCCCCUGCCGCCAGACUGCACCGCCACCGCGAGACAGAAGGUACUGUCUCUCUCACUCUCUCUCUCUCUCUGUAGCGAGCCGCCCGCGCAGCUGGCGCCCUCCUCGCCGCGCUCCCCCUGCCGCCAGACUGCACCGCCACCCGAGCCGCCCGCGCAGCUGGCCGCCCUCCUCGCCGCGCUCCCCCUGCCGCCAGACUGCACCGCCACCGCGAGACAGAAGGUUCUGUCUCUCUCACUCUCUCUCUCUGUAGCGAGCCGCCCGCGCAGCUGGCCGCCCUCCUCGCCGCGCUCCCCCUGCCGCCCGACUGCACCGCCACCGCGAGACCAGAAGCGAGCCGCCCGCGCAGCUGGCCGCCCUCCUCGCCGCGCUCCCCCGCCGCCCGACUGCACCGCCACCGCGAGGCAGAAGGUACUGUCUCUCUCUCUCUCUCUCUGUAGCGAGCCGCCCGCGCAGCUGGCCGCCCUCCUCGCCGCGCUCCCCCCUGCCGCCCGACUGCACCGCCACCGCGAGACAGAAGGUACUGUCUCUCUCUCUCUCUCUCUCUGUAGCGAGCCGCCCGCGCAGCUGGCCGCCCUCCUCGCCGCGCUCCCCCUGCCGCCAGACUGCACCGCCACCGCGAGACAGAAGGUACUGUCUCUCUCACUCUCUCUCUCUCUCUGUGGCGAGCCGCCCGCGCAGCUGGCCGCCCUCCUCGCCGCGCUCCCCCUGCCGCCAGACUCGAGGCCGCCCGCGCAGCUGGCCGCCCUCCUCGCCGCGCUCCCCCUGCCGCCAGACUGCACCGCCACCGCGAGACAGAAGGUACUGUCUCUCUCCUCUCUCUCUCUCUGUAGCGAGCCGCCCGCGCAGCUGGCCGCCCUCCUCGCCGCGCUCCCCUGCCGCCCGACUGCACCGCCACCGCGAGACAGAAGGUACUGUCUCUCUCACUCUCUCUCUCUCUGUAGCGAGCCGCCCGCGCAGCUGGCCGCCCUCCCUCGCCGCGCUCCCCUGCCGCCCGACUGCACCGCCACCGCAGAGACAGAAGGUACUGUCUCUCUCACUCUCUCUCUCUGUAGCGAGCCGCCCGCGCAGCUGGCCGCCCUCCUCGCCGCGCUCCCCCUGCCGCCCGACUGCACCGCCACCGCGAGACAGAAGGUGCUGUCUCUCUCACUCUCUCUCUCUGUGGCGAGCCGCCCGCGCAGCUGGCCCGCCCUCCUCGCCGCGCUCCCCAUGCCGCCCGACUGCACCGCCACCGCGAGACAGAAGCUGGCCGCCCUCUCGCCGCGCUCCCCUGCCGCCAGACUGCACCGCCACCGCGAGACAGAAGGUACUGUCUCUCUCACUCUCUCUCUCUGUAGCGAGCCGCCCGCGCAGCUGGCCGCCCCUCCUCGCCGCGCUCCCCUGCCGCCAGACUGCACCGCCACCGCGAGACAGAAGGUACUGUCUCUCUCACUCUCUCUCUCUGUAGCGAGCCGCCCGCGCAGCUGGCCGCCCUCCUCGCCGCGCUCCCCUGCCGCCCGACUGCACCGCUACCGCGAGACAGAAGGUACUGUCUCUCUCACUCUCUCUCUCUCUGUGGCGAGCCGCCCGCGCAGCUGGCGCCCUCCUCGCCGCGCUCCCCCCCUGCUGCCCGACUGCACCGCCACCGCGAGACAGAAGGUACUGUCUCUCACUCUCUCUCUCUGUAGCGAGCCGCCCGCGCAGCUGGGCCGCCCUCCUCGCCGCGCUCCCCCUGCCGCCCGACUGCACCGCCACCGCGAGACAGAAGGUACUGUCUCUCUCACUCUCUCUCUCUCUAGCAGCCGCCCGCGCAGCUGGCCGCCCUCCUCGCCGCGCUCCCCCUGCCGCCCGACUGCACCGCCACCGCGAGACAGAAGGUACUGUCUCUCUCCCACUCUCUCUCUCUGUAGCGAGCCGCCCGCGCAGCUGGCCGCCCUCCUCGCCGCGCUCCCCCUGCCGCCCGACUGCACCGCCACCGCGAGACAGAAGGUACUGUCUCUCUCACUCUCUCUCUCUCUCUGUGGCGAGCCGCCCGCGCAGCUGGCCGCCCUCCUCGCCGCGCUCCCCACUGCCGCCCGACUGCACCGCCACCGCGGAGACCAGAAGGUACUGUCUCUCGCCCCUCUCUCUCUCUGUAGCGAGCCGCCCGCGCAGCUGGCCGCCCUCCUCGCCGCGCGCUCCCCGCCUGCCCGACUGCACCGCCACCGCGAGACAGAAGGUACUGUCUCUCUCACUCUCUCUCUCUGUAGCGAGCCGCCCGCGCAGCUGGCCGCCCUCCUCGCCGCGCUCCCCUGCCGCCAGAUUCAUAUCACGCGAAAGAUCAGGCACGAGAGCCACAGUACAACACAAGAAGUUCCAAUGGUUAACGUUAAGCACUUUUCGCCAGUCAGCCUGUUCAGUUUGGAGAUGGCGAGCGUGAAGUUACUCGAGUUGGUAACAGCUUCAUGA